AUGGAAAAGACGGAUGUCGUCAUUGUAGGCGCAGGACCUGUUGGCCUGUUCACGGCCUACCUCCUCGCUCACCAGAAGAUAAAGUGUGUCGUCUUGGAGAGGCGCAAUGGCGUAGCAAAGCACCCCAAAGCCCACACCAUCAACGCGAGGACACUCGAGAUCUUCCGCCAGGCCGACUUGGAUGUUGCCUACAUCCGGCAAAAUGCAGCCACAGCCAAAGAUGCCGGAUCGGUGCGUCUCUUUUAUGGUCUGGCCGAUGCCGAGAUUGGCUGCUUCCCCUACGAACGCCAGGACGACGAGGUGCGCAGCCUGGCCGCCGAACCCUUGGUGAACUGGCCGCAGACAGAGCUAGAGCACCUGCUCGAGAAGGCAGUGGCCGAGACAGAGCUCGCCCAAAUCAGAAGGGGGUGGCAGUUCGAUGCAGUCGACAUCACGGAGACGAAGGAAGCUGGCUGCGUCGUCUCGUGCAGUCCUACUGGGCGAGGCGACGACGCCAACAGAUACAGCAUUCAGGCCGAUUUUGUCAUUGGCGCCGACGGAGUCAACUCGACUGUGCGGGACAAGACAGCCGGCAUCGAAUUCAAAUCCAUGGGACCCGGCCAUGCUUACCAGUCGAUUGUCUGUAAAGCCAGCCUGCGCUCCGCGCUUCCACCAGGUCGUGAGGCCAUGCUUUACUUUUGCUUCCACCCCGAGCAUCCCAGCGAGUUCAUCGCAAACAAUCUCGAUACCUCCUUCGUCCACGUCACGCCCUUAAUGGACCCCGCGUCAUCUGGCGGACAACGCAAGACACCACCAGUGGAGGCUUGCCUCCCAGGUCUGCAGUACUCGGAGGUUCUUCGCACCAUCUGGGAGACGACCCCGCGGGUGGCGUCCUCGUAUAGCGACGCGAAGCAUCGCGUGUUUCUUGUGGGAGAUGCUGCCCACAGCUUGCCGCCCCAAGGUGGACUGGGUCUCAACACGGGCAUCGCCGAUGCACACAACCUAGUGUGGAAGCUGGCUGCCAUCAUCCAGGGAAAAGGCACCCCGAACCUUCUCGCCAGUUUCACCCGUGAGCGCAAACCCGUCGCACUCGCAAGUCUCGAGUACUCUAAGGCCAGCGAAGCGGCUUUCUACUCUGUCAGUACCACUCUGGGAGGCCUCGCCGUUCGGUACCAAGAAGCGAGGGCACAAGCACCGGAUCUCGCCAUAGAUGCAUUCCUCCAACAACCCGCCAUUUCCGCAGCGGCAGCGGGAGCUGUCACGGAGGCGAGCAAGAACUUUGAUUCGCUAGCCCUCCAGCUCGGAUUCAUCUACGACGACCCAUCCUGCACUCGAGGCCUUCUUGACAACCCGACUAUAUACAUCCCACGAGCGUGUCCUGGAGCAAGGCUGCCACACGGGACCAUCGGUGAUGGGCUGUCUCUCUUAGACCUCGUGCCAUACGAUCGAUUCACCUUGCUGCAUUACGCCAAUCCCGUGUUCGCAUCCUGCGACUGGGCUAUCAAUGUGGCAAGCCUUGGUCUGCCCGAAGCUUGGUAUGACGUUGUCCCGGAAAUCAAGGGGGGGAAAGGGAUUAUUGUGAGACCGGACCACCACGUGCUGCUGCAUGUGGAUAGCCAGGGCCAGGCGGACGAUGCGGUCACGGACUACCUGGAUCAAGGGAAAGUGUGCGCAAGAUAG